AGGAUGGCGAGCUUGCAGGAGGACGUGGCGGACCAUUCCAUAGUGGGGAUUGCAAAGGGGUUGAGCCAGGUGGGGGAGAUGAACGGGGAAGUGGACAGAGCUCUGGACAAACACGAGCAAGCAAUGGUGGGGGUUUUGGAGGAGGCGGAUAGGCUGAGGUUGAGCACGCUCAAGGAGCUGAUAGGGAUAUUGACGCCAAGGCAGGCUGUGGAUUUUCUUGCGGUGAGUAAGAAGCUUCAUCUUUGUGUCCACCAGUGGGGCAAAAGGAGAGAUCUGAGGCAUGGUAGGGGAAGUCCUAUACGGAAAUGACUUGGUAUAUAGAUAGAACGACAUGUUAUG